AUGGUUUCUCACGUUUCACUUAUUGUGGUCAUAAUCUCUGUAAAAAACAACCGCUCAUGCUCAGAUGGAGUUGCCAAAUACAAACUUACUAAGGAUUUAUCUCAAGCUAUCAGAUUUAAAUAUUUCUUUUCUGCACACCAACCACCUCAGACAUUUAUGAAUGGAGACAUUGUAUUUAUCUCUGGUAAAUAUGUUGUCGAAAAUUCUGAGCCGUAUUUCACUAUUGCAUACUCAAGCAUUAUUGACAGUGGUAAUCCCAAUCGUGAAUUUGAUAUAAGUGAUGUACCUAUAAGCAUCCCUUAUUGCAUUUACUCUGUGACUAUUAACCGUGAGCCAAAAAAAGUUGAAAAUUUUAUCCACUUUGGAGCAGAAACUAUCCAAUAUAAUUCCAUCACCAGUAAACCUGAAGUUAAAAUGAAUAUGACGAUUAUUUAUCCUCAUGAAUCACCCAGGCUUAAAUACUUAGGCCAUUUGGGCUCUAAUAUUAAAUUACAAUCUAACUAUUUUGUAUCCGGACUUCUUAAAUUUUCAAAAUCUGGUAAAAUUAUGAUUGAAGCCACCGACGUUGAUUAUCUGAAAACCUCUACUAUCAAUAUUACUAGAACUGAAAGUUCUCAAUCAGCAACAGAAGGUGCACCUUCAAUAAUUGAUAUCAUCGAUAAUGAUCUUGAUUCUAUUGCCACGCAACAACAUAAUUCAUUUAAAUCUUCGACCAAUGCUAAUGAUAUCAUUAAUGCUAAUAAUGAAGAUAACCGAUUCCGUGAUACAAAAAAUUAUCAUACUACCGUUGAAGAUUAUCUGAGUGAUGAAGUACAAUCUGAUAAUAGAGACUUUUAUGAAAAACCUAACGAUUCAGCUGAUGUUGAAAACUCGCAA